UCCUACCAGGUUACUCUGGUACUGUAACAGCAGCAUGUCUGUCCAGUAUGAAGUCUCUCUGGUCACUGGUGACUUUCCCAAAGCUGGAACCAUCGAUAGAAUCUUUGUGACUCUGGUGGGUAGCCUGGGCAACUCUGAAAAAGUCCGGGUAGGACUGGCAUGGACAAUUGACAAGAUACGAAAAGGCAGUGUCAGGACAAUAAAAAUUCAGAGUAACAAUGACCUGGGUGAAAUAUUGCUGGUGAGAUUAUAUAAAGACAAACAUACUCUGCUACCCGAAGAUAGUUGGUAUUGUCAGUAUGUCACUGUCGAAGCGCCCAAUCAGAAAGUCUACAAUUUCCCCUGUUACUCCUGGCUGGAAGAUGAGAACACUCUGGAAAUCAUUGAAGGAACAGCUCGCAGAAAGGAUGAGUAUCGAUCAACCAUCCUUGACCAGCACUGGGUCGAUGAGUUAAGGAGACGGCAGGAAGCCUAUCAGUGGAGCACCUAUGCACAAGGAGUCCCCAGAUGCAUUAAGGGAGAAAGCAGCAAUGACUUACCGAAAGAUGCACAGUUUACUCUGGACCGAAAAGUGCACCUUGCAUUUAACAUUGAUUCUGUCUUGGUCGAACUUGGUCUGAACCCACUGAAGCUGCUUAACAGCGCCUGGAAUAACGUGGGCGAAUUCCGUAAUUAUUUGGACUUCAGCAAGGUUCCAGUUGCAGCGUAUGUUAUGAAACAUUGGAAAGAAGACACAUUCUUUGGUUACCAAUACUUAAAUGGAUCAAACCCUCAACUGAUCAGACAGUGCCGAACCAUCCCAGCCAAGUUCCCCGUUACUGAUGAGAUGGUCUCCCCCUUUCUUGAACCAAACACCACACUCCAACAGGAACUUCAGAAAGGAAAUAUUUUCCUUGUUGAUUAUGAGCUGCUGGAUGAAAUUCCUGCCCAUUCAAUCUGUGGAGAUCAGCGAUAUCUUGAAGCACCAAUGUGUCUUUUGUACGUGAAUCCACAGGAUGAAUUAAUUCCCAUUGCAAUCCAGCAUCUGACAGAUGAGAGUGAAACCCCUGACCAGUCAGUUGGCUGGGGUCUGGGUGGCAGUACUUUGACAGCCAGCCCUGAGGUGACCUGGGUUAUCAGAGGCUGGAACACAGCUGGCUCCCAGGGCUACCUCUAUCCUACUGCUCCUCUUCGAUCAUUACCAUCUCCAUGGCAACACGAGCUGUAA